GAUUCCAUAACAUUGUUUGCUGGUGCGAUAGAGGUUAAGCAUGGCAUAGCAGAUUAUAUUAGAAUGACCUUAUGGACGGCACAUUUAUAAAUAAUAAUACAAAAUACACAGUGUUAAGUGAUAUCUUGUCGCAGCAACAUCUUAACAAUAUGAAGUGGUCCGUGGCAAUUUUAUUACUUUUUGCAGGAGCAUGCUGCGCUGAAAUCAACCUGCAAAACCUUCCAAACAUUCCAGAAAUUGACGAUAUUGCAGUAGUGAAGGAAAGAUGCGACACCAAAGGGGGACCCGGAACAUACGAUAAUGUUAAAAAAAGUAUUGAAGAAAUGAAAACAUGCAUUAAAGGCAUCAUAAACAUCGAAUCCAUUAAAACCGAAGUUGAGGAAUCCAAAAAAACCGGAUCAAUGGAUGAAGUUUUCGGAAAAUACUGUAAAAAAAGGCCGGAAGUCAAAGCUUGCUUACAAAAAGGCAUCGACGCUGUAAAACCAUGUUUGGAAGAUACUGAAAAGGAGGCCAUGAACAAAACUCUAAACGUCAUCAGGGAGUUGGGAGAGUUUAUUUGUUUUAGAGAUGGGGACAGAAUUGCCAUGUUUGUCGCUGAAGGUGGAUUUGAAUGCAUCCAGGAACACACAGAAGGAGUGAAAAAUUGUGUUAACGCAACUUUAAAAAUUGACCCCACCAAAUUCACUUCAUUGUCUCCAAACUCAAUCCCAACUAUUUCUAUUGACAAAAGCAGAUGCGACGAUUUAUCUAAGGUCCAAACCUGCGUGGUCGAGGAACUGGAAAAAUGCAAAGACAGCACUCCAGCCAACAUCGUGGAUGCUCUCUUCAGGUUCAUUAAGAAAUCCGCAUGCGCCGUAGAAAAGAAGCAUAGAAGAAGUGUAUUUAAGAGGGACAUCACAAACGCAAUAACUGAAAAUCAAAUGCAAUUAAAAAAUCUUAUGAUUGAGAAAGUGAAAAUGUACUGUGAUAAAUUUGGUGAGGGACAGGCAUUCCAAGAACUUAAAGAUUCUUUAACACAAUCCAGGAUUUGUACAGGAAACUUUUUGGACAUUUUUGGACCCCAGUAUAACACGAGAAUACCAAAAUGUUACACUGACACCAUAAACAAAAUCAGAAAUUGCCUGCCCGAAGAACUUAAAUAUUUCCCAUCGUUUAUAGUCGAUAUUCUAUUUUCUGUCACAGAGUUUUUGAAAACUAACACUCAACACUUUAAAUUAUCUUCUACAAACAUGGUUUUUCAACAAUGUUUUAUAAGUCUAAGACAAGAGUCUGUAAAGGAAUCAUUUUUACAGUGCAUAAAUGAUUGCGAAUUGACAGAUGUAAAUAAAGAAAUAUUUACUAAAGACGUAACAUGCAAAAAACUCAAUGACCUUACAAAUUGCGCCUCCACAGUUAUGAAAAACACGUGCAUUCCGGACAUAACCCUGGACAAAUUUCGAAAUGGACUAAUGGCCGCCUUCACAAAACCAUGCAAAGACGUUUAAUCCAAUAAAAUAAUAACAGCAAUAUUACUAAACAAAUUAUAACAGUGUAAAUAGUACCUGGAUUAUAGAAUUUGAUUCAAAUACUUAACAUGGAAAUGUUAAAUAGGGUUACUUAAUUAUAAUAAGUAUUAACAGAACCAUUUUUUGUAUUUAUGGGGUUAGGAAACUUUUAUUUAUAUCUUCAAGAGUGUAAGAAAACAAUGUACAAUUAUUUAAUGCCAAUAAAGACCACUUCAAAACCUA